UUAUUGUGAUAUUAUUUGUGUAUCAGAAGGUAGCGUUUAGUCGUGUUUAACAUUAUUUCGGUAUGCAAAGGUACUGUGCCCCCUUAAAACUUUUUCCAAUGUGAGAUGCCUUUUCUCCUUUUAAAAGAAGUUCGGAAAAGGUAAAAAGUUUUUUUUUGUCUUUAUCAGACAUGUUUUGGGACUGAAACCUAAUGUUUUAAAGAUGAACCAGUUAUUCUUUCCCGCCGCAGCUAGACAUCUUGGACAACCGACCAGCAGUGUCAGACACUUUUGUUUUCAAGCCAAGAAGAUAAGGAUUCCAAUUUUGGAAGCCGAACGUGCAGGUUGUAGGUUUUAGAGGCCUUAUUGUGACCUCAUGCUGUUUACCUUCUGCGAUAGCGAGGUUUCUUCAGUGUUAUCUUUUGAUUGUGCUCUCUUGAGACUGGGUAUUGUUUCUGUUGUGCUAUUGUGGUCAUGGAAGGAAACGAUUUUCCUUCGUUACUGGUUAAGAACUAAACGUUAGCUCUCCACCACGUGGUUCGGGUCCAGUCCAGUCCAUACCGAUAUUGCUGGACUAUCGCUGAGGACUUGCGAUGUGUGCGGCUCUUGUCACAUAUGCCCGAAGGGCGCCUGACAUGGAGAAGUCCAAACCGAUGAAGGAGAGGUCUAAGAUGGUAAGAGAAGGGGUGACCACUUGUCACAAGGCUGAAAAACCAAAUCGAAGCUGCAGACCAGGAGAGGCAAGUGUUCCUUUGAAGCAUGCCAUGACUGCUUGUAAGGAUAUAGAAUAUCUCGUCGCUUAUGCUGCUGUACAAGCGUUGGUGAAUCGUAAUACAGAAGUUAUUAAAGGCAUUUUAAGACAGAUGCCUUUAAUAGCCCAUGUGGAUUAUGAUGCUCCCAAACGGAUCCGGCUCAAUACUGUGGAAGAUUGUAUUUUUCGAAUACCUGCUUUGUGUCUGCUCUCGGAAAGGGACGCUGCUGUACCAGGAAACUCCAAUCCUUUUGCUGGAAUAAAGAAGAACGAGGUCUUAAGCGAUAUUUUGCUUCGUGGGGCCACCCGUUUGAAAGAUCAUGAGUUAGUUAGUCUGCUUUUAGAAAAGGGAGCUGACAUUAAUAGCACUAACCAUGAAGGACUGACAGCUCUGUAUAUAGCGGCCAAAAAUUCAGAUUACGAAUUAGUUAGAUAUCUUCUAGAAAAGGGAGCUGAUGUCAGCAGGAGAGACAUAUUUGGGGAUACAGCUCUGCAUUACGCUUGUAAAAGAAAGUCUUCAGCAGUCAAUAAUUCAGAUUACGAGUUAAUUAAAUUGCUUCUAGAAAAUGGAGUUGAUGUUACCAAGACAGGCAGACGUAGAAAAACAGCUCUGCAUAUCGCUUGUGAAAGAAGAUCUUCAGCAAUUGUUAAGUUGUUAACUGAAAAAUCGCCAUCAUAUAUUCUUAACCUUGUUGAUUCUUUGGGGAAUACUCCUUUCAUCUACGCUUGUGGAAAACAGAGUGCAGAAGUUAUUCGAUUUCUCUUGUCACAAGGCAGUAGUGUGGUUGUAAAGAGUUCCUAUGGAGAUGAUCCUCUAAUGUGUGCUGUAGAAUAUAAUGAGGCAGAAUAUGCAAUAUCAGUUGCAUCUGUGCUUUUAGAGGCUGGUGCGAAGAUUGACCAUCUGUUACUGAUAGCUGCUAUAAAAAGGGCUCGCAUGGAAUUACAUGAUACAGCAAAUUAUCCAGCAUUUCUAGAUUUCUGCAGGCUGCUGAUGGACCGCGGAUGCAACCUCAAUGCUGUUGAUUGGAAGGGUCGGACUGCUCUGCAUGUUGCAAUUGAGACAAACCAAGAAAUACUUGUUCGAAAACUUCUUAUUUCGGGAAAGGAUAUCGACAUCGAAAAACGUGACAGCGAAGGUUUCACUCCAUUACUCUAUGCAUGUCGAUAUGGAUACCGGAGAAUGGUGGAUGUACUUAUGAUUUGUGGGGCUAGUUUACGGGGCCAGGAUUGGGAAGCUGUCUUCGAAACUUCUGGAACUUACAAAAUGUUAAAGGAGGAACAAAAAACACUAUUCAGUUAUGUUGUUGAUAAUUCGAAGCAGUGUCUUACAUUAGAAAAUCUGUGCCAUAUUACUAUAAGACAAAAUAUCAGAAAUAUAGAAAAAGAUGCUAUUAAACUCGAAUUACCUCCGUUACUAAUAAAUCGGCUACAACUAAAAGAAUGAUGGAAAUAUGUAAGAUGGUUUAUUGGCAUAUGCAUACACAUAGACUCCAACUACUACGGAUUCUCCGUAGUUUCUACGGAAAUUCAUGAAAAACUACGAGCUACGAAAAAGAUGAAAAAACUACGGAUUUUACAGAAAAAGAGCGGAG